AUGCUGCUUCGUGUAAGUUGGGUCCUUUUGGCGAUUGUCGCAGUGGCUGUUUGGACGCCGAUCUGGGUUGUAGGCAACUCCAUCAUGCGACCAGAUAGGGCUGAGUCACUAGAUACUUUUGGCAGCAUGCUAGUCCAUCUGCUAAGCGGCACCAACGAUGGCAUUGAGGAUGAGUUGCUGAAAGAUUUGGUCGAAAGCCAGGGGCAAUUGCAGAACCAACAGGGUCAGCUUCCACCUCAGCAGCAACAGGUGCAAACUCGGGCGCUCCCACAGCAAGGGCAACAGAACAUAUCACCUAAAAACAUCUCACAGCCCCAGCUACAAAUCCAAAAUGGUACCCAACUCCAGCCGCAAAGCUGCCAGAUGAGUGGAAUUGGCGCUAAUUCCAAUUCAAAAAAUCAAUCCGCUAGGAUAAAACGACGUCGGGUUUGGCUGCGUUCACUGGCUAACCUGCUUAAAUCAUACUCAUCGUCUCAGCAACAGCAGCCACAGCAAAAUCAGCAGGAGCAACGGCAAGGACAACAGUACACCAGCCAGAACACCAUGUACGGGGGUCAGAAUAACCAAUAUUCAGGGACAAAAGGACAACAGAACACAGGCAGCUUGAGACGCCGCCGACUCUUCAAUGCCUACCAAGGCCCUCCACCAACUCAACAGGAGAGUACGAUGCAAAAACCACAAAUUCAAAAGACCCAAAUACAACAUCCACAGAUGCAAAAUACCCAAUUGCUGCAACCUCAAAUGCAGGACUCUUUUUCAGACUAUCAACAGCAGGGUGAAGAACAAGAGGAACAGGUAGAGCCUGAACAAGAGCAAGAGGAACCCUUGCUCGAGAGCUCGGACAAUGAAUAG